AUGACUUGUCGCUUCCUUGUAGCCACAGUCACCAAAGAUUACAUUUCAGCCUUGGCUCCGGGCCUUGAUCUGAGUAGUAUUCAAAAAGUCAUCACCAAGGUCAAGGAUUAUUUAUUCGGAUUAGAAGGUGCUCUCUCUCGGAGUGCCGGACGUCUCUCUCCGAACUUUUCUCUGUGCCAAAUUCCAGUAUGUGUGGAUAUUGCUUGUAAAAUAUUGAAUAUUCCACAAUUUUCGAGAGAGUUGGCCAUUAAAAAAUCGGCCUCUUCGCCACAAGAUUAUGAACGAGCAUUUCAAGAAGCUGUGAAUUUAUUGGGAGUGACCUUUCCGAUUAAAUUUGAAGAUUUAUGUUUAUCAUUUGGAUGUAGUGGAAUUGGAGCUGCUUGUGAGCGACUUUUGGAAAAAGUAUCAACAAGAAAUGAUGAAAAAAUUUGA